GUUGAGCUCCACAACAACAACAAAAGAAGGCGCAGUCGGGGGCUCGAGGAGGAAACGGGACUGAAAAGAAACGCCGCACUGUGACUCCUGAUGUGCAGUCCUUAAAGUAACGUUUUUAUAUUUUAUUUCUUCCGCGAAGAAACCUCAAGUUUUUCUAUUUUUCGAAAAGUAACGCAUCUACCUCAUUUUUAAGGAUUUUAAUCACGGUUUGGACUCGUUUACACCUCCUCCUCCUUCUGCCGCAGGGCUUUUUUUUUGAAGACUUUUGCACUCACUGAAGCGAUCCUGACGUUGAGCGAUGUCCAGCCUGCGCCUGCUGGCCCUCAGAUGAUCUAUGACCACAACUUAUUGAUGCACUUUAGCACCUUUACGGAGCCUUCCCCCUGCUGUGAACCCCGCAGCUGAUGACCAAAACGACCGCAACACCUCCCCGCCGUCGCCCAGAGCCACGCGCCUCCCCCGACCCCUCCCUCAUCCUCACGCCCUUGCAGGACAUCUCAGGAUGUUCCAGAGGUUCGCCAGUGCUCUCUUUGGGGACGAUGUGGAGGAGGUGAGUCGAGGCAGCAGACCUGGGGACGGCAAAGUGGAGGAGACAGAGGAGGAGGAUGAAGACUGGAUCCUGGUCAACUACCUGACUGAAGCUGGCUCCAGCCAGUGUAACGAUGGCCACUCGGGAUCCACCAUCAUCCAAGAUGAAGACGAGGAGGUGGAGGCAGAGGAGGAUGAAGAAGAUGAUGAGCUGGUGAUGAUCCCCUCACCCAUGGGCAUCCCACCUGUCCGUUACGCCUCCUGCACCUCCCUCAACUCAACGGCUGACACCGACCCGGACGGUGGUCCAGAUGAGGACGAGGAAGAUGAUGAGAGUGGGUUUCUGCGUGUGGACACCCGCUCUCUGCAGGAGAGCUGGUUUCUUACCCCCCCACCCUGCUUCACUGGGCGUAGCACCUUUCCCAUCGUCCUGGAGCCCAGCCCUCUGGAGAACCUGCUAAUCGAACACCCCAGCAUGUCCGUCUACACUCACCACAGCAUCCCACGACUGAACCUUGACCCCCUGCCACAAAGCUCACAUGAACCAGAAUUGAACUUUUCGUCCGAUGAGAUGACCGCGAGCCUGACAGCUUCAAGUGGAAAGGAAAAGGCCAGAAGAACGCCAGAUGGCUCUCGCCACAGGCCAGAGGCGGCAGUUUCACAGCGGCGCGCCAGUCUUCACUCCUCCUGCUACGCCGCAGCGCUCUCCGCUCAGGCCGGCCUUGUGCAACAAAGGCCGGGAAACCCCACCCAACGUACCCAGCCCAUGUCCCGCAAGGCCCUGCGACGCCUCAACCUGCUCCGCCCCCCAAAAGCCAACACCAUGCACCUGCACCAGCCCAGCCAGAGGCAUCUCAACUUCUGAGACAUCCUCAUCACUAUUCUUCAUCAUCAUCAUCAUCAACCUCAAUACUUUAAGCAGUACAGGAAUGUAACACUGGCCACCCACAAGCAUUCAUCUCCGUUUUCUUUCAUCUUCUCAACAAACAAACACCAGCAGCAAGUUAACUACGGCAUCAGCCACCACUUACACACCUCACACCUAAUUUCUCCUGAAAGCUUAAUGGGUGGUGAAAUCGGGAAGGUGGCUGUUGACUUUUUAUAUCAGUAAUGUGGCCAGUGAAGACUUUUUCUCCCUCCCUCACUUCACUCCCCGCGUCCUACUCCUCUUCAUCCAUCCUCCAUCCUCCUAUGUAUUGAUACUGAGAAGAAGGGAUAUGUAAAGGUCAUAAAGUUAACCCCCCCUCCCCUCCCUUUUCACAAGACCAUUUCUUCUUCUAUUUCUUCAGAGCAUUGUACGUCCAAUCACAGAGAGAAACAGAGGUCAUGAUGACUUCUCUUUCUUUUCUUUCUUCUUCUUCUUUACGGUCACCUUAAUGUGUAGAAUCAAUGCUGUAGGUCACUUUACUAAGCGGCAGGUUCACUGUGUGGCAGGAUGGUCUGGUGGUGUCACUUCAGGGUCUCACAGUGAGACUGCUGGUCAUCUAGGCAACUUUUUGGACUGACUGAGGGCAGUAGAAGACAUUUCAGAUCCUACAUGACUUGAACAUAGACAGUGCAGCCGGACAACGUUUUCAUUUAAUCAAUGCAGGAGUAUUGCAAUGCAGUGUUCCCAAUAUGUUGCCAGUGAAGGGCUGUUCACACUAGAGGAUGAAGUUUAGGUGGGUUUAAAGGAAAAAUUCCCUUUAUGUAAUCUCACGUGCUUAUAAUCAGUGAUCUGUACUAAAUGCUCUGUUUGUGUCUUGAGUGACUUCCUGCAUUUUAGAGGAGAACAGGGUAUGUCCAUAACAACUGUAGGAACAGAAGCUCUGCUUUAUUACAGCUGACUUUAUUAUAAUUACGCCUUUUUGAUGGUGAAAGUUUAAAGCUUUAUAACAUCUUUAUUACAGAAGAAAAGUGCAACAUUUUGAGCCUCUUUAUAAGUGCAAUACAAAUUCUCUUCUUUUUAUAAAAAACAUGGUUCCUGCUGUUAUGUUUUAAUACUAAACGCUUCAGCCAGACUUAAACACGUGCAUUCAAAGGUUCUCCUGUGAAACUGGAGGGUGUGUUAACUGAAAACAGAGAGUUUCAGCAAAAUUAGAAUCACGUCUGAGUCAAACCUAACUAUGUACUGUAGCUGCUUUGCCUGUUAGUCCAUUUUCUGCUCUCGUACUUUCAGACGUAGAUUUCUAGUUUCUGUGCUACGGUUCUCUCUGUGAUUCACUUUGGUUGCAGAAGGAACUCGUUCCCUUCACCCAACCUUAUGCUGUGUGUGUUUGACUGAUUAUUAAAAAGCUUCGAAAACACCACAAAUGAAGCCAGUGAAGCAAAACACAGCUGUAUUAAAGCCUUUAAAGGGUAUUUUUCCUUAAGUUCCUGCUUUUUGAGCUCUGCAGCACCACCAGAGGUGAAAAACUUCCAUGUUGCUCAUCCUGCAGCUCCAGCUGAACCUGCCUCUGACUUUAUAAUUCAGUACUUUUCACGAUAUUUCUUUAAAGGAGAAAAAAAGAAAAGAAAAAAAUGGAAAAAAUACUGGGUUAAAUAUCACUAAACGCCUUGUUUUAACAGUAGCUUUGAGAUAAAUAGAAAUGUUAAAAAAUAUGUAAAACAAAAAAAACUUCCAAAAAUAUUUUUUGAAAAGAAAAAACAAAUUACAUAUCAGUAUGAAGUUGGUAUAUAUGCGUCCAUGGUUUCUUGCUUAGGUGUGUUUGGUUAUGAUAGUGUGCAAUCUGUUGCAUGGUUGUAGAGUUUUGUUAGUGUCAUGAUGGUGGGGGGAAAAAAAGAAAAAUGGAUAAUUAUUAUUUUCUUUCUUUUUUUCUGUUUUGUUUUUGUUCUUAAAUGAAUCUGCAGUCCACUUCUCAGGGUCACAACCAAUCACCUUUACUCUUUAGGAAAAUGCAGAUUUACUUGACAGCUGAUGAUUCUUUGUGUGUACUCGGACUUUUUCCAGCUAUGUCCCUGCGUGCUUUCCCUCUGUGAAAACCUUUGUGAGAAAUAAUCAACUUCUUGUUUAGUGUCACAGAAACGUCUUUUGGUUCCGGGACUGUGAAAUGAACUCUGACACUGUCAGUUGACUGUUGGAAAUCCAUCAAGAUGGAGAGAAACUGUUGGUUUUUUUCAGCUAUGUUUAUAUAUUUUGCUCAACUGUACCUAACAUGGUUUUAGAAAUGUACCUUAUGCUAUUUUAACUGUUCUCUUUUCCAUGUUAACGUAGUUACAUUUCGUUAAAUAUUUAAACCAAAAAAAAAAAGUAGCAGCGAUCUUUAAUCUCUCCAUAGUUUUAUUAUACUGGUGUUCUUUUUUUUUAAAUUGUUUGAGUGUUUGAUAACAGCUCUCGGUUACGGUGCUCUAAAAUGGUAGACUGUUUAAUGGUUUAAUGUGUCUGCUGUAGGGAUAAGUGGAGCCCAGGCCGAGUCGCCACACUGCAAAAGUUGAGAAAUAACCAACCUUAUAGAGUGACUAAAAUCUAUGGAAGACCAUUUCUGCCAAAAAAAAAGACUAUUUAAAUCUAUAUAUAGGGUAAACAGGUUUAAAGUAAAGUUCUGGAGCAUGUAUGUUUUUCUGAUGUUAAACAGAAAAUUUGACUCAGUCUGUAACUUUUUAUAACUGAAAAUUUGUUCCAAAAUGUUUAAUUUUUUUCUGUUUUAAACCCUUUUUUUUUUUUGU